CAAGACACAUUCAGAGCGAGGGCGGUGCGUGAGUUCCUUUCCUCUGCCGGACGGACAUCUUCUCGUCGCCUUCUCGCCAGCUCGGACAAGCGGAACACAUCGGCGCCAUGGGGGUGGAAGGCUGCACCAAAUGCAUCAAAUACAUGCUCUUCUUCUUCAACUUCAUCUUCUGGCUCGCUGGCGGCGUGAUCCUGGGUGUGGCGCUAUGGCUCCGACAUGAUCCCCAGACCAGCAACCUUCUGGAGCUGAAGUUUGAAGGAACCCAGGCACCCAGCACUUUCUACAUCAGUGUCCACAUCUUGAUCGCGGUGGGUGCAGUGAUGAUGGUGGUCGGGUUCCUCGGUUGUUACGGGGCCAUCCAGGAGUCGCAGUGUCUCCUGGGAACUUUCUUUGCUUCUCUGGUAAUCCUGUUUGCCUGUGAGGUUGCAGCUGGAAUCUGGGGCUUCAUGCACAAGGACACGGUGUCGAAGGAGAUGAUCAACUUCUAUGACUUUGUCUAUGACAAAGCCAUAACGGAUACCAUAAUGGAAAAGGAUAAGAAACAGGCCGCCUCCUCUGCACUCAAGGUUUUCCAUGAGACGCUAAACUGCUGUGGUAAGGGCCAGGGGUCGUCUUUCCUCACCAAGCUGACGGACAUAGCUGGAGUCACCGACGUGUGUCCCAACACUGGCUUCAUCAGUACUUCCUGCCACAAGAGGAUCGAGGAGCUCUUCUCAGACAAGAUCUAUCUGAUCGGUAUCGCUGCUCUGGUGGUAGCCGUCAUUAUGAUCUUUGAAAUGAUUUUCAGCAUGGUGUUGUGCUGCGGCAUCCGUAACAGCCCUGUUUACUAAAGCUGUUACCACCAAAGAUACUCCCCAGUGAUGGAAGAAGAAACUCUCUCACCCCUCCGUCCUCUCUCUAUCCCUGCCUCCUUCCCUUUUUUAUUAUAAUCAAUCAAUUUCACACAUCUUUGCUUGCUGGACAAAUUCAGUUGUCGGAAAAAACAACAUGGUUGUCUUCCAUGGAGCAUUUAUAACACACUGUCAAUGAUUCCAGUUUGUCACAGAUAAUGCUCCAUUUUACACAGAACAUGUCAACACAUACACACACUGUACCACACCACAGCAUCACCAGUACAGUCUACAAACACUGUACCACACCACAGCAUCACCAGUACAGUCUACAAACACUGUACCACACCACAGCAUCACCAGUACAGUCUACACACACUGUACCACACCACAGCAUCACCAGUACAGUCUACACACACUAUACCACACCACAGCAUCACCAGUACAGUCUACACACACUAUACCACACCACAGCAUCACCAGUACAGUCUACACACACUAUACCACACCACAGCAUCACCAGUACAGUCUACACACACUAUACCACACCACAGCAUCACCAGUACGGUCUACACACGCUAUACCACACCACAGCAUCACCAGUACAGUCUACACACACUAUACCACACCACAGCAUCACCAGUACAGUCUACACACACUAUACCACACCACAGCAUCACCAGUACAGUCUACACACACUAUACCACACCACAGCAUCACCAGUACGGUCUACACACACUAUACCACACCACAGCAUCACCAGUACAGUCUACACACACUAUACCACACCACAGCAUCACCAGUACAGUCUACACACACUAUACCACACCACAGCAUCACCAGUACGGUCUACACACACUAUACCACACCACAGCAUCACCAGUACGGUCUACACACACUAUACCACACCACAGCAUCACCAGUACAGUCUACACACACUAUACCACACCACAGCAUCACCAGUACAGUCUACACACACUAUACCACACCACAGCAUCACCAGUACGGUCUACACACACUAUACCACACCACAGCAUCACCAGUACGGUCUACACACACUAUACCACACCACAGCAUCACCAGUACGGUCUACACACACUAUACCACACCACAGCAUCACCAGUACGGUCUACACACACUAUACCACACCACAGCAUCACCAGUACAGUCUACACACACUAUACCACACCACAGCAUCACCAGUACAGUCUACACACACUAUACCACACCACAGCAUCACCAGUACGGUCUACACACACUAUACCACACCACAGCAUCACCAGUACGGUCUACACACACUAUACCACACCACAGCAUCACCAGUACAGUCUACACACACUAUACCACACCACAGCAUCACCAGUACAGUCUACACACACUAUACCACACCACAGCAUCACCAGUACAGUCUACACACACUAUACCACACCACAGCAUCACCAGUACGGUCUACACACACUAUACCACACCACAGCAUCACCAGUACGGUCUACACACACUAUACCACACCACAGCAUCACCAGUACAGUCUACCUGGUGGUCCAGUUCCUCAGUGUUAAUUCUAGUGUUUAUUGCUUACUUGCUGAAGUCUACUCUUAAUGAUUUUAUGGAUGUUUUUCACUGUUUUAUGUAUAAACUGUAUAUAAAUAUAUGUAAGCAGUGCUUUAUGACUGCCUGAGCAUGGAUAUUGUAUUGGAUCCCUCUUGUAUUUCUCCUGCACUUGCUGCUUGUUUGCCUUCCUCCAGACUGAACAAAGUAAAGGGUCUGUGAGCUUCUAGAAGAUGCUAUGGCUCAAGACCAAUCCAGCUGCUAUGCUAACACCCAUUCCUUAGCACUGGUCUUGACCAUGCCAUAGAGAGGUGAACACACACAUAGAACACAUACACACACACACACACAAACACCUCCCUGCCUUAUAUAUCAUUCUGUCUGUUCACAUUCAGUUGUCUGCAGAAAUUGACUGGAAAAGGAAGCGUUGAGAUACGUUUUUGUAGUUGGACCCAUAGUCACAGUGAUGUGAAAUUGCCGUUUUGGCUUCUGGGUUCUUUUGUUGAUUUGUCUUUGGCUCUUCUUCUUCCUGAGAGUCCUUGUCCUGUUUAAUAGCUGCCUAAUCCUGUUGUCUGUGGUCAACCCAUUUCAAAUUCUAACCAGUUCCUCCCAGCCGAGACUAAUUCAACACAAAGUUUGCCCUCAGACUACAAAUCUUUGCCUUUGUCCUGUAUUUAAUGUAAAAGUGGCUGGAUACUGAGUUUUUGUCUUUUGAAUCUGGAUUGGUUUUACCCAUCUGGUCAUGUCUUGUCCAGUCUAGUUCAGUCCAAUCUGGCUGUUUAGUACUGCCAUCAGAGCCCUCGAACCUUCCUUAGCUGCCCCUCACCAACACGCCUCCAAUCCAGAGUUUCCAAAAUGUCUUAUGCACUGAUCGUCGUCCCAUUUGUCUAGUAAUGUUCAGCUGUUGGAGCUGCAGCGGUGGCUCGUCGAGGGGUAGAAAUGGAUGGCCUGCCCCUUCUUGCAGCCCAGAGGUCUCUCUCAUCAUGUCACGUACAAUUCAUCUGUAUUAAUGUCCAGCCCUUCUCACCACUAGAUGGCACACGUGACCCACUGACAUCAGUCCAGUGUGUCGCAGCCAUUUCCACAGGCUGCCUUGCUGCACUGCUGUGAUGGGCGGACCGAGUCGUCCCAUACAACUGGUUCCUUUGAUACGUGUAAACGUACCGAACCGGAGUUUUGAUGCUCUGCAAAAUGUGCUGUCAGUUUCUCCGUGACACGCCGUCCUAGACAUGCAGGUUGACAGCUAGUGCUGCCCGCCCACAACACGGGCCUUAAGCUUAGCAGGCAGUCAUCAUGUAGAAGUUUACGUUAAUAAGAUAAGGUUUUCAUUUUAAUGCGUCGGCUCGGCGUCCCACUGGUCUGGAGGUAGGCUAUGUGGACUCAGCACGAUGGCGCUGACCACCGAGCUGUCGCGCUUUCUGAGGGACAAGCGGUGGACGUCCCGCUUCAACACAGCAGCUCCUUUGAUCUCGUCCAGCUUAACCUGCCGUCUAUCUCGACUCCACCCACUCAUGACGUCCUCGCUCGAGACAUUGAUUGUCCUGCUUCCUGUUUUGAGCGACUGCACCACGUAGCAGGCAGUGUGAGCAGCACCCCGUGAUAACAGCGGGUGGGCGUGGUCAGCAUGACCGGGCGUGGUCAGCACGACUGGGCGUGGGCAUGGUCAGCAUGCCUGGGCGUGGUCAGCACGACUGGGCGUGGGCAUGGUCAGCAUGACUGGGCGUGGUCAGCAUGACGGCAUGGGCAUGGUCAGCAUGACUGGGCGUGGUCAGCAUGAGUGGUCAGUUUGGGGGGGGGGGGGUCGAGGAUUGUUCAACAGGCUAACCCGCCCGGUACAUACCGGACACUAAAAAGAGUCAUUCAAAAGGAUUGGGUCGUUCAUGUUCACCCAUCACUGCUGUGUGUCUAGCAGCGGCCUGAACGACACGUUGUGUUGUGGUCGGUCGGUCGGUCCAGGAGUGGGUCCAGCAGCUUUUCCUUCCAGCAGACUUGACUGGAGUUCGGUCAGAGGAAUUUGUUGGAAGGUCUGUUAUCAUAUACAGCUUUUCUGGCACCACCAGUCACUGAGAAUAACGCAUAAGAACAAAGGACUCGAAGUUGCAUUUAUAUUUACAUUCAUACGAUCAGACAUUUAGCAUCUUAGAUGCACACACGUAAGCUUAAUCAUGUGUAACCGAACAUUUUAUGGUUUUUGUCAGUUAAAUAAACCCUCGUCUUGUUACCUUGUUAUCUAUACUAAGAAAUGAAGUGUCUUGUAACAUGUACAGCUCUAUGAUAUUCUACUAAUGAAACCACUCUGUGGAAAGACAAUGUAUGCCUUUUUAUUAUAAUAUCUUUGUCUGGUACAUUGUCGAAGGUGUAUUGACUGAACGGGCAGCAGAUUUUUGUGGCAGUGUCACCUCAGAAGCCAACGUCUGAUCAAAGGUCUUCAGUGUGAUGCUCAUCCUGGAAUGUGGCUCCAGGAUCAUUAUGUCACAUCCUGUGUAAAGCGGAUGUGGUAGCACCGCAGGACAAUGUCCAGUUUCCCGGUGGAAAAGUCAAGUAAAAACUAACUGCAACGCAUUUCAAUGGUUUUGCUUAAUUUUAUGCUGCAAGGACUCUUAAACAGUAUGUCUAGAUCAGUGCUGUCAAACCCACUAACGGUUCAGAUUUACCGUCUCUCUCACGGCCUCUUGGCCAAAAUACUGUGCAGCAUGGUGCAGCAUGGUGCAGCCUGGUGCAGAGUGGUGCAGAGUGGUGCAGCCUGGUGCAGCAUGGUGCAGAGUGGUGCAGCAUGGUGCAGCGUGGUGCAGCAUGGUGACUGAGACUGCCAUUCAAAUCUGAGCCCUUUCUCAUGUAUACUGGUUUGCCUGAAUAUUAAGGAAUAAAUGUAUUUUAGAAAUAA